AGCUGAUCGGGCCCAGGAAAACAAUAUUUACGUUUCGGAACGAGUUGUCACGAUUACGACGGCGGAUCAUUCCUGUGUUAAUAGUUGUCAAGUCACACUCCUCCCCUCGUACACGAUCGGUCGCGAAUGACAACCGACGCGAUUGACGGUUGAUCGUUACCGUACACGGACAAUUCUCGGUCGUUCGGCUGUUGUAUUUUAUUUUAGCCGACACAAUUGUUACCGUUUAAAGUGCGGUGUACCGUGUAGUUGUUAUUCGAUAUUAAAUUUUUCCAUUGAAACGGACGAAAUGAAUUUUCGUACGAAUCGUUUUUUUUUCUAUCUACCACGUAGCAGGUAAACUACGGUACAAACUUACAGAUUCGCGCCAAAAUUCUUCGUCAUUCGACUUAUUCGCCAUUUUCGGACGAACACGUAAAAUGUACGGAAGGCGAAGAGAGACGCGACUGAUUGACUGAUAAACUGUACAUUCACAGGCAUACUCGGCGGUCGGCCGUGAACGCCGCAACGUCUUGACCGACGAUAAAAAUUCAAACGUGUUUGAAUCUCGUCAGUCAUAAAAUUCGAUUGUCAGCCAUUAUCCGGCAUUUGUUUUCGUCCGUAAUGAAUUGCGAUUCGUACGGGACUCUUGGCAAACAAAUACAAAUCGAACGGACUUGUACCCGAUAACUCGAUUGCUCUACUCGUUAACGCGAAUGCGAAUAACGAGAACAAAUAAUGCACGGGCGGUCGGGUAGACUGGGCCCCGCCGGGAAAGGAAAAAAAAAACCUGCCCGCUCCACGGCGCAGAGCGCAUUUGCGACGGGAACGGCUCCGCCGGGACGUCGGCGACACCCCGCAUUCAGAAGCGACGCGGAAGAACGACCGCGGGCAUUUAACCGAACGGUUCUUUAAUUGCCGAUAGAAUGUCACAACAAUACUAAUAAUACUGUCUACGUUCGAAUGAUCGUUUAUGGCCCUGCAUACGUGCUUUUUGGCGGCGCGAGGAGUUCCCCCGAGAGGACGCGAUUACACGCCCGCCGUCUACUGUCGCGGCUUACCGGACAAUAUGCGAAAAUAACAACGCGGCAAUAAGUAAAACCGACUUAGUUUCGAUUUCACAGCAAAAGUGCCGGUUGCGAUUAUUCGCGGAGAACAAAUAAUUUCGGAGGGACCGGCGUAUGUAGGCGUUCCCGGAAUUACGGACUGUUAAAAAAAAUCGCGGUUAUUUAAAAAAAAAAAAAAAAUUUAUGGUUUCCGUACCGUUUGCAUUUCGAAUAACGCGAAAACCAUUUGGCAUUCCCCCGGAAACAUUGUUCCGUCAAUACGUUUCGUUAAAGGCGAUUCUGCUCCGCGAUCGAAAUCGCGCCGGUUCCACUCGUUCCGCGCGACCUGUCGUUAUUUUUGUCUGCGUAUUAUCCGGAAAUUGGACCGGGACAGCAGACCGCCCAGUAUUUUCUAUUAACUACCGCGGAAUGUUAAUUGUUAUUAACUGUUAUUAUUAUUAUUAUUUUUUUGUUCUUUUUUUGUAACGAUGGUUGUAUUACACCUACUCGCGCAAUAAUCAACGACCGGUUUUCGCGAGUACCCACCUGCCCACCCGUACGCGUGAAAACCGCGGGCGAAACGCUUUUAACGACGCGCGAUUAGUCUCGUUGGUGAUAAAUAAUAAUAAUAACGGAAUAUUACGCGUGAAAACGAAACGACUCCGUUUCGAAAACCGUACACGUUUCCCGCGACGGCUCCGAUUGGACCGGAUAGGGGAUCACGAGAGUUUUCGAGCGCGAAUCGGGUAAAAGCGAAAACGGAAAAAAAAAAACACACGAAAUUUUCGAUAUUGCCGUUCUCGCGCGCGUUACAAGCCCGGCCGCGUCACCGUGAACGUCGACUCGGUCAUUGUAACCCCGUUUUUGUAACACGCAUACGAAAUAUAACAACGGUCGGCGUACAGCGUACGCGGCGAAAAUCAUUUCGCAGGCAAAGUUCUCAUCGGUUCCGUUCCGGAGUACCGAGUUCGGGCGCGACGCGCGUGUUGUUUUUUCCUGUAACCAGACGGGCGAGUCGCGGUCGUUUAACGCGUUCGCUCGCCGGAAAAAACCCGAUGGCUCAUCGCUGUAAUACCGGUUCGGCCGUCAGUCGCGCGCUAUCGCCGAACCGAUCCGCGCGUGAACGGUGUUGUUUCGUCGGGAAGCGUUUUUUUUUUUUGUUUUUAAUCCAAAGUCUCUAAAUAGACAGGUACCGAUGGCGCCGCGCGUCCUUGGCCGCGCUCGCCGUACGUAAUGGUUUAUCGCCGGAGUUCGACGCGUCGUUCGUGCGUCCCGUGGUAGACCCGUCCGGUUAUCGUCAAGUCGUGCGCUCGAAAAUUCUGGUCGCGCUUGGACGUUCCGACGGUUUUUUUUUCGUUAGUUUUUCCACGUCAAAUGCACUGUUCACAGCGUAUAUUGGCGCCCGACAGUUGAUACAACGCACUCGCCCGCGGUCACUCCUGUCGCGCACAGGCCACCCCCGUAACCGCACGUUCCGGUCAUGAAACCGGCGCGCGACUGGUCCGCGUUUUUGUGUCUGGUCUUCGGUACGUAUAAUAAUGGCGAAUUAAUCGCCCGCCCCGGCGAGAAUAACGCGAAACGCCAUGAUUUGUUCGCCGUGAGUGUAUGUAAAAAACAAAUCAUAUUUUAAUACGGGAGUUUGGUUUGUUCACGUCUCUUUUCUCGUCGCCGUUAUUCCAGACUGUCGCGGUCGCCACCGUCAUUGCCGUUCCGUACGCAAAUUUACGCUGCAGGCGUCCGAACGACACCGUAAUUCUGCGACGAGUGUGUUCGGUUUUCGUCCGGGUCCGCGCCUGGAUCGCACGGUAUAGUGAAUACGAUAACAACCGACGGCGACGUUGCGAGGCGGGUACGCGGUUUUUUCGGAUAAGGGCGUUGCGGGGGUUUGAUGAAGCGUUUACGUAUUUUUAGCGUUCAUCGCGCGGUUGUUGUUUACCGCUUUGACGGGGCGCCGGAACGCCGGAGUUUACCGUCGCGUCGCGUAUGGGUUUCCGGUGGUUUUGUUCGUGAUCGAACGUAUUCGUCUGCUUUCGGGAGUGCGUGAACACUGUCGCGAGUAGUUCGAAAAUAACGCCAGGCGCACGCAGAAAUAAUUCACUUCGAUGUUCGGCAAAACCGCGCAGAACGACCGUGUGUGUAAACCGGAGCCGAUCGGAGAACGACGAUUAGGAGAUCAAGGGCGCCUUGAAUUAAUCUCUGUCGCGCUCUUGUUUUUCGUUUUUUCUUGUUCACACCCUAUUAUUUUUUACACUGUAAAACAUUAUCAUUUUUUAUAACAUCGUGAUCCCCCGCGUGUGAACGUUGAUGAUUGUAAUUUUCAGAAAAAAAAAAAUCAUCGCAAAUCCGAGAUUUCGUUAUUUGUCACAGCGGCGACAAAUAAUACGGGUGUUAUUAUUGAAACGAAUUCGCCUAAACGAGUCGAUAAUACGACGCAAUUAACUUUUUUUUUUUUUUUUUUUCUAUUAUUUCAGGAGCAGGCGUUUUGUUGUGUGACGGAAAACUGGGAAAACGACAAACUGCAUCGCAUUGCUCCGCGUUGGUAACUGUAUUAUUAUAUUUGAACAGCGCGAAUAGUUCUGUAAACCGAUAACAGCAGGAACAAUUUUCGGUUCGGCACGGGAUUCGUACCGGGAUAAUUAUGCUUAGGUUUAUGAUUAUAACGUUUCACGCAUUCGUGUCACCCGCGCGCCUCUCGGAAAUCGGUAAACCGCCCGAAACGCGCAAAAGUUUAUUGGUAACCGAAGAUGAUUCGUGACCACGGUCGAUCGUAAAUCGUUUUUGCAUUCAACACGUCCGCCGUUUUGCGCGACUGUCAUCACACUGUCCGAUAUCCCCGUAUACGUAAUUAUUGUUUUGUUUUUUUUUUUUUCCCCCGAUAUUACAGAGAUAGUUUCAACUGUUCGAUUGGGCCGUGCAUCGAUUAUUCGCUAGCAUGCGACGGCCACGCAGAUUGUUCAGACGGUUCAGACGAGACGCGACAUUUGUGUUCUGAACUAUUUAAAACGUACGGGACAAUACCUACUCCGAUGACUUUUGUGACGUUGUUUACGUUAGGCGAUUGAUUUUUGUUUCACAGAUGUCCCAGCUAUGCGUUUCGCUGUAACUAUGGCGCAUGCGUGGACAAGACUGCCAAAUGUAACGGUAAAAAGGACUGCGUCGACGGGUCCGAUGAAAGUUUGCCCGAGUGCAAAGCGAACGUCCAAAAUAAUCAAACCAAAUGCCGGUAAGUGAUUAAGUUUUUUUUUUUUUUUUAUACGAUCUUAUUAAUAUUAUGUAAGAAGAAAUGAUUCUUCUACGGGAACGAAACGACGCUACAACGAUUUGCCAAUUCCCACAUAGUUAAACAUUAAACACAAAAAAAAAAAAAAAAAUCAUUGUGCGCAUAGUUUUAUUCAGGCAAUUGAAUGAUAAAUGUAAAUAUUGGCGAUUUUAAAUUUUUGAUUGAAACGAGGAAGCUGUUUUUGAGUUAUAUUUUGCUUUUGCGAAGGCGAAUUAAAAGUAAAUUCCUAAUAGGUACUCGGUUGUAUUAGGUAUAUUUGUAUUCAUAUAAUUGCAGAGACAUGUUUGCCUGUUCGAAUGGGCAGUGUGUUGAAUCUUAUUUGGUAUGCGAUGGGCGUACAGAUUGUACAGAUGGUUCAGAUGAGACCCAAGAUUUGUGCAAUGGAUUUAUUACGUAAGUAAUGUUUAUGUGUUUAUUAUCCGGAAGAAAUUUGAAUUUUGUUUUUCUAUUUACCCAUAGGGUAGGUAGCUAGGGUAUUAAAGUUACUAUAAAUACUAUUAUUGAAUACUUGGUUUUUAAUAGGACCUACGCUUUAGCAAGUUAUAUUAGUUUAUUGCAAAACCUACCUAAACUUAAUAAGGUUUUUAUUUAUUGGUUUUACUAUGAUGUGUGUUUUUUUAAUUUUUUCUCUCUGUAUACAAAUUUUUAAAAAGGAAUCUUGCUCUGAUGUAUUAAGUGUAGCACCUUUUCUGAAACGAAAUUUUAUUUUGUUGAUGCAUCAGAGAACUUAUAUUUUGAUUUUCCAAGGGGAUUUCAAAAUAAUUGGGAAUAAUCGGAAACAAAAUUAUAGGUGAAACGGCAAAUAUUUAUUUUUAUUUAAUUUGUUCUCUGUGGAUGAAAUUGUUAGAUUAAACACUAUGAGCUGUUUUUUUUUUUUUUAUAAAAAGUAAAUGUGAUAUUGUGUACAAUUUAAUUAAAAGGACGAGAAAGAGGCAGUCACCUGUUAGUAGUACCCCUAAAAACCUUUAGGUUAAAAAUUAUUUUUGUUAUUAAAUAAAUUAGACUUUAAUUUUUUAAUAUUAUCUAUGUUUUAAAGGCAUUUUAAUAUUUAUUUAUACGACAUAUUAGAUGCCCAAGUUAUGCUUUUCGUUGUAAAUAUGGUGCAUGUGUUGAUGAAAGUGCAAAAUGCAAUGGUAUUAAAGACUGUGUUGAUGGCUCUGAUGAAAACUUACCGGAAUGUAAAACAAACACUCAAGUCAAUCAGACCAUUGGAACUAAAUGCCAGUAAGUUAUUGGCUUUAAAAUUUAAUCUUAUAAUUAAUUUGAAAUAUUAAUACAUACCUAUAUUAUCUAUGUUGGCAUUUUGCUUCUUAUUUAUUUAUUUAUUUAUUGUAAUUUAAACGGCCUAUUAUUAUUGAAUAUUUAUAUUAAUGUAACUAAUUUAAUAGUUAUUCUCACAAAAAUGAGUUUUUUUCAAUAUUUAGAGUUUUUAUGCUAUUUCAGAGUACACCAAGUACCUACCUAUUUAGAAAAUGUGUUUGGAAUAUGUUUGCAUAGUGUAUAGAUUAAUAAAGAAUGAUGUUCUUUAUAAUGAACCACCAAUUAUCUUGGAGGAUUUUAGUGAAUUUGUUUUGUGCUUUUUCUGAUCAUUAUGGAAUCUUUUAAGCUUUAUUUUAAAACCAUUUUUUAUUUUUUUCCCUACUCCUUAUACUUUAAAUAAGUACAAAAUUUUGAUUUUCAAAUAGGAACCCCACAUUUUGAACACAGAUUUGAAUGGAGAAUAUUUUUCCAUAAUAAUUGGAAAAAAACAGAAAUCAAAUUCACAUAAAAUACUCCGAGAUAAUUGCUGGUUCAUGAUAAAAAAAAUCACUUUGUAUAUUGUAUUUCUACAGCUUAAUUGAUAUUCUAUACCAAUAUUUUUUUUUUAUGUUACCUUCAAAUACUUCUUUAGACCAAUUUUAAAUUUUAUAUUUGAAUACCUUAUACAAAAAGAAUGGUUUGAAAACAAUUAUUCUAAAAUAUUAUUGAGCUUCUUAAAAAAAAAAAAAAAAAAAAAAAAAAACAUAAUUGUAUAUUUUCAAUCUUUGUUUCAUAAUUGUGUGUAGAGGCAGAAAUAAAUUUAAAUGUAAAUCUGGCAAAUGUAUUAAUAAGGCAUCUACAUGUGAUGGAAUUCGAGAUUGUCAAGACGGAUCUGACGAAACAUUGUUGUUAUGUAAAAAUGUUCAGUAAGCAAAUCCAGAUUAAAAUUUUAAAUAAUGACACAUUAAGAUUACUUUUAAUGUUUUAGAUGUUCAAAGUAUGCAUUUAAGUGUGACUACGGCGCUUGUGUAAAUAAAUCUAGUGAAUGUUUUGGUAAAGAACAGUGUUCUAAUGGUUCAGUUCAAGAACAUUGUAAACCAAUUACUCCAAUACCGGCAGUGGAAAACCAUAAAAAUAUUUCACAAUCUUCAAUUGAAUCAACAACACAGUCUAACAACAUGUUAGUAUUUUUUUAACUAUUCUAAAACUAAAAAUAAUGUUAUUGUUUGCACUGCAUGAAAAAAAAAAAUCAAUUAGAAGACCUGUUGUAAUAUAUUAACAAUAUUUUUAAUUAAAGGCAAAAAUGUAUGGUACCAAACACUGAGGGAACUAUAUAUUAUUAUAAUAAUAUAAAUCAAAAAAAUGUUUUACCAUACCAUACUCAAGUUGAUCAGAACACAUUAGUUUAUGAGGACUGUGAAGCAGAUUAUUAUAAAGUUGUUCCUACUAGAUUUAUGGUGUGUUUGGAAUCCGGGCAGUGGGAACCAUUGGUUCGCGAUCAAUUAUGUUUGAGUAAGUAUUACUUUGAGUUAGUAUUGUAACACUUUUUAUAACGUUUGAUUCAUUAUUUUUAUGUGCAUAAGUAGAUUAUUUUUAUAAUUUGAUUGUGUUUCUAGAAAAAUGUCCACCUAUGACGUCAGACAGUCUAGAUAUUCAAUGUUCUUAUAACGGAGAACCAGUUGAUUGUUCAAAGUCAUCAAUAAAUGGAACUAAACUAAGACCAUCUUGUAAAUCAACACAUAGUUUACCAAACGGACAAAUAGAGACUCCGGUUGAAUUAUAUUGUCAAUCUAAUGGAAAAUGGAGUGGUCAACUAUAUACCUGUGUACCACGUAAUAAUUUCUAAUCAAAAUAUUUAAAAGUUAUAUUCAAAAUUUAAAAAAUUUAAAAAUCUAUUAUUACCAAAUUAUUUUUUCUAUCAAAAUGUUUGUUUCAAUUAGGUAACUUAUAUCUUUUUUUUAUUUAUGUUUUAUAAAAAUAUCCUAGAAUGUGGUAAAAUAGUUCCUCCUAGCAAACCAUUAAUUUUUCAUGGGGUAACGGCAUACUAUGGAACUGCCCCUUGGAAUGUGGGAAUAUAUCGAAGAGAUAAAAAUAAUAAUUAUAAAAUGCACUGUGGAGGAUCAUUAAUUACUUCAAAUUUAAUUAUUUCGGGUAAGAAAAUUAUACAUUUUAUUCAUAAAAAUAUUGAGAAUUUUUUUUUUUAGCUGCUCAUUGUUUUUGGGAAUCUGACUCGACUAAUAAAAUCAUAAUGAAUAAUGGUAAAUACAAAAUUGCUGUUGGAAAAUAUGUGAGCAAUAUUUUAGAAAUGGAUAAUGAAUUUACUCAGAUUAUUGAAGUAAGUUGGUUAUCAGUUUAAAAAAUAGAAUCUCAAUUUUCCAAUUUUUAUUUUUAUUAUAGGUGGAGUUAAUUUAUAUAAACAAUAACUUUUUUGGACAUACUGGGUUUUAUGCUUACGAUAUAGCUGUAGUUGUGUUGCAAACUAAAGUCAAGAUUAGUUAUAUGGUUUCACCUGUUUGCAUGGAUUGGACAGACAAAUUUAGUAUUCCCAAUGAUGGUUCUCUGGGAAAAGUAACUUUUUAGUACUUACUGAUUAUUUAAUUAUUAUGUGUACAUUAUACAUAUUAUAUAAUAUAAUAUGUUAGUUCAUUUUCUUUUUCCUAAAUGUCUUUUCUUAUCAGAAUUAGCGAUGAGCACUUUUGAAUAGUUUAUAGUCUUUAUACAAUCGAUAGUAUUGAUGAACUGAAUAAUUCUACGAAUACUACCUGCAGUGUCCCAUGUCUCCACACAUAUUAUACAUAAUGAUACUUUUUGAAUAAAAACUAUACGAAUUACCAAUCGAGUAAAAAUUAUUUGAAUAUAUUAACUAUUUGAAACUAUUCAAAUAAAAGCCAUUCGUUAUAUAGAAACUAUAGAAUAGGUUAUUGUUUGAAUAGUUCAAUAGUGACUAUUAGAUAGUGCCCAUCACUAAUCAGAAUCAAUUAAUGUACUGAACAUAUCACUUUGUUUGAAUUAAUAUAGAAAAUUAUAAUCAUUAUUCUUUUAGCUAUUUAUAUUAUAUUAUUAUAAUUUAUAGAUUGUUGGUUGGGGAAAAACGGAACAUAUGGUUCAAAGUUCUACUUUGUUAGAAGCAUCUUUACCAUAUAUUAACCAUACCGCAUGUCGGAAUAUGUACAGAAAUGGAUUUGAAGUAUUUGUGACUAGUGAUAAAUUUUGUGCUGGUACCAAAUCCGGUAAUAAAAUUUAUCAAUUUCACUUUAAAUAGUUUAUGCCAAACAAUGUAUAUCUAUGACAUAUUUCUCUGAAUUUUUAUAAUUUAGAGAUUAUGUUUUUUGAUUUCAAUCUUAAUACUGGAGGUUUCAGAAUUACUGCUAUAAAUACAUCAAACUAUAAUUUAUACUGUAUUUAAAUUGUAUAAUCUUAUUUUUAUUUGUGAGUAUAACAGUGUAUCAAAAUUAAUUUUAGGACAAGGAGUUCUAGAAGGAGACAGUGGUGCAGGUUUAACAUUUGAGCACGAUUCUUUACAUUAUUUAACUGGAGUUACAAGUGAUAAGGAUCCAAACACAAAUGAUUCAAUUGCACUUUUUACAGACGUUAGUUAUCAUCUUCAAUGGAUUCGUACAAUUUAUACUAAUUAUAGUAAUUAAAAAUAAGCAAAUAAUAGGAUGAUAAUGACUUAAUUAUAAUAUAAUAUAUAUAAUAUAAUCAAUUUGUUAUUUGCACAAACUAUUUUAUUCUCAUUUCAAACUAGUUUACACUUUUAAUUUUCUGUUGUGGUUUUAAAAUAUUGAAAAAUAAUUUUUUUUUUUUAUGUAUAUACUUAAAGGAAAAUUCUGAAAAUGUAUGGUGAGAUCAACUAUGUUGUAUGGUUUAUAGUGUUAGGCGAUAGACAGAAUUCUUUGGUGAGUGAAGUGUUGAGAGAAAAUAUUAUAAGGAAUGAGUACAUACAAUGUAGUUUUGAUAGUAGAUAAAAUUAGAGAAAAUAGACUGAGAUGGUUUGUGCAUGUCAAAUGAAGAGAAGAAUCAGAAACAGUAAAAAUUGUAAUGAAAAUUAAUAUAGGAAAAAGGGAGUGAGGAAGACCGAAAAAGAAGUGGUUGGAUGUGAUUGAGAAUGAUAUAAAAAUAGCUAGUGUAUGUGAGGUGGGAGAUCGGGUCAUAAAGGAAUUUUAGGACAAGGGUAGCGGGCUCCAAAUAGUUGGGAUAAAGGAGAAGGAGAAGGAGAAGGAGAAGAAGAUUGUAAUUGUGUAUUUGACUUGAACUCAUUUUUUAGGAAAUUAAUUUUUAUCAUUUUGACAAGAAUUUAACUCCUUAUGAUCGAGUUUAAAAAAAAAAAUAUAUUGACCUAAGUUGUUCAAUAUAAUACAAAUAAUAUAAACUAUAAUAAUUGUAUAGUUUGUUUUUAAAUAGUAAUUUUAAUCAAGAUAAUAGCUAUGUGAAAGUAUUAUUUGUGACAUUAAUUGUCUUAAAAAAAUAAAAAUAAUAAUAAUAGUAAUAAUAAAUGUUACAAUCAAUUAAAAUAAAAAACACAAAUGUGUUUUAACAAUAUCAAAUAACAAAUUCAUUAUAAACUUUAUUAUACUAUAUUGUUUUAAUUUUAAUAGUGUUAUUACUUGAAUUUUAAUUUAUUCAGUGGUUGGUAUAAUAAUGAUUUGAAUGUCUUGGCUUAAAAUUAAUAUUAUCAUAGUUUAUUAAAUUUCCUAAUAUAUAUUUUAAGUGACUUAAGACAAAAUGAUUUUAAAAUAAACUAAAUAUUUUUAAAUUGAAACGAGUUAUGCUAAUUUAACCAGAUAAUAUUUUAAAAUUGUAUUUUAAUUUUAAAUCUAAAUAAUAUAAAUUGACGUAACUCUUCAAGAGUUUUAACUGUCAUAUUGACACAUGACAGCACAUUUUUGUUCAGCAGGGACAACUCUGUGUUGUUAUUUUUAAAUUUAGAGUGAAUUGACCUAUUAUCAAACUUAAAGAUAUGAACAUUAUCUGUGUGAUCUUAUCGGUUUUUUUUCCCGUUAUUCCAAUUUUUAAACGAGUUACAAACAUUUUUCAAUUAUUAUACUUCACACGUUCAUAUGUUAUUUAAAAAUUAAAAUAAUGGAAAAAAAAAAAACGACGACCUCAUAGAUAAUGUUCAUAUCUCUGAGUUUCAUAAUAGAGUUAUCUCUGCUGAACGAAAAUUUGCUGUCGGAAGGUUGUACGGUGUAUGACAUCAUAUUAACUUGUGUCAAGCUUUUUUUUUCCAAACCUAAAUGAGAUAAAUAUGAUUUUCGAAGAAAAAAAAACAUGACAACUCAUUUUACUGUGCAAUAAAGAUAUAUGUAUAUAUAAAAAUUCUAUAAGUAUCUUUUAUUAUUUUAGACAUACUUAAAACAAAUAUUUGUCCUAAUAAACAUUAUUCUUUAUUAUUCUUUUUAUGUACAUUAAUAUUUUUACAAUCUAUGCUCAAUUGCAUGUAACUUUUAUUAUUUUAAUUUGUAUAAUUUUACAUAUUUAUAAUUGAUUAUAAAUUAUCUAAUUUAUUGAUAAUGAUCAA